ACUUUAUUUACGCGGAGUUUGUUCUUCGGUCAACAGCCAUAUUGAUAGAUUUAGAUGACAAGAUACCUUUUUUCCUUGACAAUUUCCGGUCUGAAAGACUGAUUCUUUCUAGAUUAGGAGAUUUACAUAGCAGUCCGUAUACUCGAUAGAUAAACAAAUACUAGUAAAGACAAACACUUAACAAACUGUCAAAAUGAUGCGGUAACCUGCUAGUAUGAUUCUUGCAUGAGUUUGUUAGUAAACCUGUUGCAGUCCAUUCAAAGAUAAUCAUUCCUGCAAAAUGUCAACCAUCAUCAGGUCACUGACUACCCCUACGCCCAAGCGGCUAAGGGACCUCAUCAGAGAGAUCAGGUCAGCCAGAACAGCUGCUGACGAGAGAGCUGUAGUACAGAAAGAAUGUGCAGCAAUAAGGGAUUCCUUCAGAGACCCAGACAAUACUUACAGAUGUAGAAAUGUUGCCAAACUGCUUUAUAUACACAUGUUGGGAUAUCCAGCACAUUUUGGACAGCUUGAAUGUUUGAAAAUUGUGGCAUCCCAGAAAUUUACAGAUAAAAGAAUUGGAUACCUUGGUGCUAUGCUGUUGCUAGAUGAAAAACAGGAAGUUCAUCUUUUAGUUACUAAUUCACUUAAGAAUGAUUUGGGUCAUCAGACUCAGUAUAUUCAAAGUUUAGCCCUGUGUACUCUUGGAUCCAUAUGUUCUACUGAAAUGAGCAGAGAUUUAGCAGGAGAAAUAGAGAAAAUGAUUAAGUCUUCAAAUGCUUAUAUUAAGAAAAAGGCCAUCCUGUGUGCCUUCUGUAUCAUCAGAAAAGUACCAGAUUUGCUGGAGAUGUUUAUACCAUCUACAAGGACUUUACUUAAUGAAAAGAAUCAUGGUGUGUUGUUGACAGCAGUAUGUUUAAUAACAGAGAUGUGUGAGAAAAGUCCAGAUGCACUGACACAUUUUAGAAAGGUUGUUCCACAGCUUGUUAGAAUACUUAAGAAUCUAAUUAUGGCAGGAUAUUCUCCUGAACAUGAUGUUUCUGGUGUUAGUGAUCCUUUCUUGCAGGUUAAGAUUUUACGAUUGUUACGGAGAUUAGGAAAGAAUGACACUGAAGCUAGUGAAACAAUGAAUGAUAUAUUAGCACAGGUGGCUACAAAUACCGACACAAGUAAAAAUGUUGGUCAUGCCAUUUUAUAUGAGAUUGUUCUUACUAUUAUGGGUAUUAAGUCUGAAGCUGGUCUUCGGGUGUUAGCUGUUAAUAUUUUAGGAAGAUUUUUGUUAAAUAAUGAUAAGAAUAUUAGAUAUGUAGCAUUGAACACCUUACUGAAAGUAGUACAAGCAGAUUACAAUGCAGUUCAGAGACACAGAACAACAAUUGUAGAUUGUCUCAAGGAUCCAGAUGUUUCCAUUAAAAAGAGAGCUGUUGAACUUUCGUUUGCCCUUAUAAACACGAGCAAUGUUAGAGGAAUGAUGAAAGAAUUGUUACAUUUCUUAGAGACAUGUGAACCAGAAUUUAAACCGGAUAUAUGUUCAAAGAUUGUUAUGGCGGCUGAAAAUCAUUCCCCUACAAAGAGAUGGCAUAUAGAUACUGUGAUGAAAGUUCUUGUAACAGCAGGUAAUUAUGUGAGAGAUGAUACGGUUUCAAUAACCAUCCAGUUAGCCGCAGAAAUGAAGGAACUCCAUCCAUAUAUAGUGCAACAACUUUUUAAAAACUUUAAAGAUCACUUAGAUGAACAAUCCUUAAUACAAGUGUCAGUCUGGUGUAUAGGGGAAUAUGGAGAAUAUCUGUUGACAGGAGAAUGUGGAGAAGAUGAACCAGUGCAGGCAUCUGAAGAUGAAGUUGUUACAGAGUUGGAAAAGGUUCUGUCAAACCACAAUUUGAAUGAAAUUACUAAAGAAUAUGCUAUUACAGCUUUAAUGAAACUCAGCUCAAGAUUUAGAACAUCUAUUGGGCGAAUCAAAGACAUAAUGAGUGUGUAUGGUAAAAGUGUAAAUGUAGAAUUACAACAGAGAUCUGUAGAAUAUUCACAAAUUUUCAAUAAAUUUGAUAGUUUACGGUUCUCAUUACUAGAACAAAUGCCUUUAAUAGAAACAAGUAGAAGUAAAAACAUAUUACAUGAAAAUAGCAGUGAAAACUUAUUAAAUGGUAUCUCAGAUGAAGGAGAUGUACAGAAAGAAAAUAAAAAGAACUUACAAGAGAGUCAAAAUAUAUUGGACAUACUAGAUGUGGGUUCUCCAACACAACCAGCAGAGCAUCCUCCUAACUCAGGAGUUAAUGAUUUGUUAGAUAUACUAGGAGAUGUAGCUAAUGUUACCUCAUCUACGGCACCGGUUUCCAUACCUAAUACACAACCAGUGCCAAUGGGUAAUGAUUUGAUGGACUUAUUAGGUGGUUCUCCAAUUAAUAACCAAAUGAAUGGAGGAAAUGGGUUCCCGCCAAUGACUGCAUUUAACAAGAAUGGUUUACUAGUAGAAUUUUUGAUCGAGAAGGACAUCUCUGAUCCAGAUGUCACAUCAAUAAAUAUCAAAGCUACAAACUCCACACAAAGUCCUAUGUCUGAAUUUGUCUUUCAAGCUGCAGUACCUAAGUCAUUCCAUUUACAACUUAAUCCUCCUUCGGGUAAUUCUGUACCGCCAGCCAACUCUGGUGCAGUUACACAAUUAAUUAAAGUCAAAAAUCCUUCUAAGCAAACACUGCGGAUGAGGAUUAAAAUUUCUUAUAGUCAUAAUGGACAAACUGUUACAGACAUGGGGGAAGUCAAUUCAUUCCCUGCCACGUUGUGGCAAUGAUAAAACGUUUUACCGACCUUCAUUCUUCAUCUAGUGCAAGCUUCAUUUGUGUCACAUGAUCACCAUAGGAUCUGUGAAUGGAAUAAGUAGUAAAUUAUUGCUCAUCAUGUGAUAAUCUGUGUCCAAGACUUAAUGUUGCUAUUUGUUAACAUUUCAAAGUGGCUAAUAUAUCCUUAAAACAUUAUAUGAGGGAAUGUAGACUUGAGCAUAUUUAGAAAAGUUUGCAGGCAGAUUGGAUCUGACGAAUUCUGAAAAAGUUUGCUGAUGAAAUACAGAUUGACUUUUAAAUGGAUAAUUUACAGACACAUUCUGAUGAGUUUGUUGAAUGAGAUGUCCAGCCAGUUGUUACAUUUGUUAUAGAAAUUACAAAUCUUUUUUGAUGUUUGGAUGUCUUUAAACUGAAUUCAACUAUCUCGAUCAUAUUCAGCAUUUAUUUAUAACACAUGCUUCAAGUUUCUUAUGCAAAAAUUUAGUAUCAAUGAGAUUUUCUGUUAUUUCAGAAAUAGAUAUAUAGACCCAAUUAAGCAGUAUAAAAAAGUAUCAAAACUUUAAAGAAGGAUUGAAUGAAAUACUUGGUUGUGUGAAAGAAGAAUGCAAUUGUAACGAAAUUGUGUCAUUUAUGCAGUAAAAUAAAGCAAGAAUGAAUCUUUGAUCUAAAAAUCAGACGUUUUUUCUAAGCUAAUAAUGCUUUAAAUGUUAAUCCAAACAAUUUAAGAUUUACAUUUAAAAUCAUUAUUUCUAUUAAGGUCCUGUUAGUCAGAGCUCAGACAUAAUGUUAGAAUUUUCUGACUUUCUGGAGGCAGAAUGAGUUUAGUUUUACAAUCAAAUAAAGUUAAAAUUUGACUUGAGUGCAUUGUCCUCACUUAAACCACAAUCACUAUAGAAUACAACCAUUGUAUAGCCUAUUAGUUUAGUAACUGCCAUUGUUGAUGACUUGUAACAGUAAAACUCUUACAUAGGCAUUAUAAGGCUUGAAAUGAAUUGGUACUCAGUGUGGAAAAAAUAUAAUCAGUGUAUGGUUGUUUAUAUUUUACUUUUUUCGUUCAUGAUUACCAUUGUAUUGAAUUAUUUUUCUUAACAUUUUCAUGUUUCACAUUCAUUGGCAUAGUAUCAUGUUUGUCUUGUACAAUAUUCCAAUCUAGCAUGUCUAGAUCAUGCAGUACUGUUUCAGCAUUAAAUAUUUCUAUAAAUCAUGGAGUCGAUCAUUUAAUACUGGGAUAAGACACAAUUAGUCGUAAAUUGAAAAUAAGUUACAUGUUUGGAAUACAGAACUGAACUUUAUUCUAGUGUUACAAUCUUUCAUUAACAAAUUAAAUUCACAGAAUGUGCUACUAUUUCAGAAUAAAUUCUUCUGCAUGUAUUAUUCUAUUGAAAAUACCUUAAUAUAAUAAAUUAUACAUAAACACUAAUUGCAUGUCAUAUGAUAAUAAUUCAGCUGUGAAACCAUUAUGCAUUGAACUCUGAUCAAUCUAGAUUAAUUGUCUAAGCUCAUGUGCAUAAUAGAAGAGUUUUUGACAAAAGUUCACAUAAAUACACAGUAGGAAGUAGGAAUUUAUCAAACCCAUGGCACUUUAGACUGCAGAUAGUUAAGGUUACAUAUAAAUAUCUCAACACAAUGUAGAAAAUAUGCAGGGUUAUACAAAUGUAAAUACUUAUUUGGAUAUGAUGUUCUCAUUUUGACUUAAAUUGGUUGAGGAUUCACUGAAAUAGGAAUGGUCCUGUUUAACUAGAUUCCACUGUAGUGUUAAAAUAUAAUGUUUAUGGUGGUUUUUUUUAUCCAUUUGUUAUCAUUGAAAUUAUGUUCAACUUUUAGUUUAUUGGAAAAUUGGAGAUAAAAAUAUAUUUAAAGAAAUAUAAUUUUUCUUUUGGGAAAAUAAAUGUGAUAACUAAACAAGUGCUGUAGAGAGAUAAAAAAUAUAAAAUAAUAUUACUGUGGAUUCAAUUAUUUUCCAGAGUACCAAUUUUCAUGUUUUGAGUAUUUAAAAUAAAAAUCAUGGAUAUUUAUUUUCCAGGUAUUGUUGAAGUUUUUUCUUCUUUGUUGAACAUUGGAAUUUUAGAUUCACUAAUAUCCUCAAAACGAAGAAAAUAAGUAUCCCCACGAAUAAUAAUGAAUCCACAGUUCACCUAAAGUGCUACUUUUCAUGUAUAAACAUUCCUGUAUCUUUUAUGUAUUUUUCUUUGUAUAUCAAAAUUAAGAUUUAACAUGAAAACUAUGGUAUAUCAGCAAAACACAAGAAUGUCUAUGAAGACUUGUUGUUUGAGGCAUAACCGAAGUAUGAAAAGAUACUUGUAAUAUUGUCUUAAUAUACAUGUCUAUGUGAUGGCUAAUGUUUAACAACUACCAAUCAUUAAGUCAGUGUGGCUUUAAAUGUAAACAGAUAUAGUUUCUAUUAAAUAUCAAUCUAUUUAUCAUAUGCAUGUGAUUUUAAAAUAGUCCCUUUGUAUUGACUUGUAUAACUGAUGAAAAUUGCAGUUUUUUUUUUAAAGUCUAAACUGUAAUUUAACAAGGUUUAAGGGAUAAUUAUAAAUUUUUAUUUUGAAAUAUUGACAGCAUUAUUUUUUUUUAUGUUCUUUUUUAAAGGGGAGGGGGAUUUCCCUUUGCCUCACUGAUGCAAAUCUCACAGCGACACCCUUCCACCAUUAUUAAUCCUUCAUAUAGGCUCAAAUCAGCCUAGGACAUCAUUUCGGAAAUUAAUUCAUCUUUGGAAAAUGGUUUCUGGAAAAUAACUUUAAACAUAUAAAACUGCAUUACAGAAUACUUUUCCACACAGUAUUAACAAAGAUGUAACUUUGGAAACUUUUCAUUUGAAAUAAAAUACUUACCAUGAAUAAGAAGGAAAAAUUCUUAGCAAAAAACUAUUGGUUCUUAGGACUGUAAAUUAGAGAGAGAAAAAAACAGGGGUAUCCUCUGGUCCAAGGGUAGAAUUAUAUUGACAUUAUUUUGAUAGGUUGAAAUUUCACAAAUUCCAAAAAUAUUUGCUUUUAUUGCAUAGAAAAAUAAUAUUUCCCACAGUCACUGCAUACUUUGUAUAAUAUAACUGGUUGGUAAUUUGAGAACAUGAUAUUCAACUUUUUGAUUUUGAUAGAAUUCAUCUGCAUUGAUGUUAAAGAUAUACAUUCCUAUUCUGCUUUCAAUUAUUCAUCUAAAUAUUGUUGUAGUGUAAGUAAUAGUAUUGAAACUUGGUACAAAGGGCUUUACACAAUUCACCUGUUUAUUAAAAAGUCAAUAUUUUAAUAAUAUUAAGGUAUAGAAACUUGAAAGGUCUUCAAUAACUUCUAUUGAAUUAGGCAGAUAGCUGUUGGAUAUCUUAUAGGAAAAAGAUUAAGGUUUGGGGAAGGGGCUUACCUUUUUUCUUUCCUGUCAUCUUGUACCCAUGGGUUGGUUUAAUAAGGAACCCUGGGGCUUUGUAUUAAUAUACAUGCACAGAUGUAAAAAAUGGAUAAUGAGAAUAGUUAUUCAUACUCUAUUUUAUUUCACUGUAGUGCUAACAAAUGAAAAAUAUUCUUAUCUAUCAAUAAAACUAAUUAAAAUGUUGCUUAGAGAAAUUUUAUUUUGCUUUAUAACUGUUUGUCAUUCUGUCAACAAAUUGUUGAAUGUUAAGUUUAUUUUAUAUAUGUGAUCCUUUGUUUACAUUCUAAUUUAUAUCAUGCAAAAUAUAAUGUACAUAUUGUAAAUUUCAGGCAAUGUGUAAAAAAUGGAGAUGCUUUUGAUUGUUAAUGUAUUUGUAUAUGUAUGAAGCAGAACAAAAAAGAUCCAUAAAUAAACUGACAACAAAGAAAAA